CAAAAUGUCAGCCUCCAGCGAAUGACGUUCUCGAUAUCAAAACAUCUAAAUACUGAAUACAAAUCCUUUACAGAAACAGAUAAAUGGACCCUGGAGAAGAAGAGGAUGAUUUUGGAGACUUUGGUGGAUUUGAAGUAGCUGAGCCUGUCCCUCCUAAUGUUACACAGGUAGAGGCAUCCAGUGUAGAGGCCAGUCCUUCCCCAUGGGCAGUGUUUGCUGCAGGAAGCAGUCCUGGUAAUGUGAAACCAGAUCUUCUGUGUGGUCAGAACAGAUUUCCACCUGUUCUGGACCCUUCUGUCCCAAGCUCAUCAGCAGAUAUAAUACAAAAUGGUGAUACUAAUAAUUCCAAUGAAGGAAGUUCUAUAAACACAGACCGUUAUGAUGGUACAUCUGGUGACCAAAAUGGGAAUUUAGAGGAUGCAAUCCUAGCCAAUGAUAUUUUAGAUGGGAGUUUUAAAUCAACUUCUAGCCAACAUUCAAGUUCUGGAGCUACAGCUGCAGACCUGAUCAGGACUGUUAAUUUAGAAACAACUAACAGGAUUCAGACAUUUAAGAAUGAUAGUCAGUCAGUGGAUUUGGUUGGUGACUUAUUAGGAGCAUCACCAGGGAUAGUUCUGGUUGAGGAUGACAAUUUAGAAAAUAAUUACUUAGACCUAGGAGAGUCUAAUGGUCCAUUGGUUCAAAAUAGGAAAUCUGCAGAUAGACCAACUCCUCUCCACAUAUCAGUCAGUGAGAGUUCUGGACAAUGUAAGACUAUUGAGACAGAUGGAACGAAUCUACUUUCACGAUUACCAGCAUCCCCAAGUGGAUCUUCUCACUCCUCGGAAAGUCAUCAUAUGAGUAGUCCUAUUCUGAUUGAUAGUCUACGCAAGGCCUUACAUCCUAAAGCUACUGUUGAUGUGACAAAGCUUAGUCAUAAACAGGCUGAAAAUGGGAUCAGCUCAAAGACAAAACCUACACAAGUGCAGGUUGAUCUACUUAUUUGUGAAGAAAUCCGCCAGGCUAGACUUGAAAGCCAGUCUGCCAUAGCAACAGUCGUGGAACAGUAUAAAGAACUGUCAAAGCAAUGUAUUUCACAACAAGAGGAUGUGCUGAGAGAAUGUAAACAAAUACUUCAGCAGGAGCAGGAAGUUCAAACACAGGGUUUACGACAGCAACAGAAAGAAGAAUUUUCAAAAGCCGUGGAAGAAGAGAAAUUAAGAUUAAGGAAGGAGUCAUCUGAAAUGAUGCAAGAACUAGUGGCUGAACAAAAGAAAGAAUUUGAUUUUCAAAUGGAAAAGGAAAAAGAAAAUUAUGAGAAGAGAUUACAAGAAUCUUUAGAGGAAGAAAAAGAAAGAUGUAGGAAAGAACUAGAGGAAGCACUAAAAAAUGAGAAAACUCAAAUGAACAUGACACUGGAAGAAGAAAAGGAGAAAUUAAAAGAGGAGUUGCAGGAGGAAAGGCAGAAAUACUUGCUUGAAAUGAAAACGGCCUUAUUGGACGAAAAAGAAAAAAAUAAGGAAUCAAUAAGGGAGUUACUAGACCAAGAGAAAGACCAUUGUAGAGAAUGUGUAAAGGCUGCCGUGGAGACAGUCAAAGGAGACUUGCAGAAUUAUAUUGAACAGCAAAAACAGAAGGACAAGGUUGUUAGGCACAGACAGUUUUCCAGUUUAGAUGUGUUCUUAGAGACAGCAAAGCAACAGUUAACUAUGUUAAUAGAAGAUAAUCAAAAUGACACAGGUGCUUCAAAACUACAGGAAGAAAAAAAAGAUGAGACUUGAUAGGUGGGAGCAAAAAUGAGGAAUUCUCCAGUUAAAAAUUUGCAAUCUCAAUAUUAUUUAUUAUGUCACCUGAUAAUUUUAUUUUUUUGUUAAGUUCAUUAGUGCUCUAGUAUAUUUAUGUAACUCCUAGUAGCAAAGCACAGGAAACAGAGGUCUAUAUUAUGAAUUGGGUGUCUGUUCAUCCAAUUAUUUGAACUGUUGAAAUUCAAUCUGCUACAAAAAUUUUCAAAAUACCUUUUAAUGUGCAAAAGAUAUUUCUCUGGAAAAUUCUUGUUAGACAAAAAUGAUUAAUAAAAAGGAUAAUACAAUCGCAAAAAGUAAUACCUGCAAAACCUAAUUGUAAAGAAAUCUGUGAAAAUUAGAUUCUGCUUAAAUGGAUACUAUCACAGUAAUUGUUUUCUCUAUUUUGAUUCAGUAAUAUGAAUUGACAAAUGGUAGUGAUAGAGAUUGUACUAAGGAUGAUGUUGGGGGUGUUAUACCUAAACUGUUGUCUAUUAUAAUAUAUAUUUUUCUUUGUAAGACUAUACUUAUAAUUUUGAUGGGCAUUAUUAUGUCUCCCCUUCAAAAAUGGAAGACUUUUUUUGUUUGUACAAUGUAGUAUUUCUUUUCUUUAUUGUUCUCAAACAAAAUUGUCCAGGCCAGAACUUUUUUAUUUCUUGAGAUAUUUUUAUGUCAUUAGAAUGUGUGUCGUGUACCAAUGAUUUAUUUGUUAUUUUCUUGUCUUGGUCAUAACUUUUUUUAUCCUUUGACAUAGUGGAUUAAUAUAUGACUCAUUAAUGCAUUUACUCAAGGUUAUGAGUCACAUACCAUAGAAAAUUACUCUUAACAUUGACCUUUGAUGCCAAGGGCAAAUAAUUGAUAUAAAGGGACAUUUCCAUAUCCAUCCUUGAACAAAGCUAAACUUAUAUAGUGCACCUUAUGUCUCACUCAAGGGGGUUCAUGCCCUGCCCCCUUCAUACAAUUUUAAUGAUUUUAGCUUUAUAUUAUGAUAACAUAUACACUGCCUAUAAUUUAAAGAGUUUUAAGAUUACAGAGAAUGUAUAUUAACUAUUUAUUUUGUUUUUCACUGCCUGUAUGACUGUAUUUAGAAGAAUUCAUUAAGACGGAAAAUAAUGUAUAAUGUUGUCUUUUAAUAUAUGAGGGAUAUAAAUAUAUGGAUAUAAAUAUUGAGAUGUACUUUUAAAAUAUUGCCAGAUAUUUUUAUAUUCAGUAUGUCGUUUUUGUUCUUGUUGAAAAUUUGUGAUUAAAGAAAUACUGUGGAUUCAUUAUUCUAAUACAAUAUAAGAAAUGUA